AUGACUUGCGGCGGCUGCGUGAAGAGCGUGUCCGAGUCUCUAUACAAACUAGAUGGAGUGCAAAAAGUCGACGCCAAUCUUCAAGACCAGCUGGUAUUUGUCGAGGGCACCGCGCCACCAAGCUCGAUCGUCACCGCCAUCCAAGAUACCGGUCGGGAUGCAAUUCUUCGUGGGAGUGGUACUACAGACAGCUCUGCGGUCUGCAUCCUCGAGACACACUCCAAAUCGGUCGCCAACAGCAUCCGUGGCCUAGCCCGAAUGGUGCAGGUCUCCUCCAACAUGACUCUUGUCGACUUGACCAUCAAUGGUCUUUCCCCGGGGACGUACUACGCGACCAUCCGAGAGGCGGGCGAUAUCUCUCGUGGCGCAGAAUCCACCGGCGGUAUCUGGGAGGCUCUGAAGAAGACGGUCCUCGGUACAGAGAACGCAGCCGCGGUCGAGACAGAGUCACGCGGUAUCUUGGGCAGCGUUGAGGUCGAUCACAAGGGCCGCGGCAAUGUGUUUCUCGACCGGCCAAUUGCAAUCUGGGAAUUGAUUGGACGUAGUAUGGUUGUGGCAAAGAGCAAGGAGGGCCCGUUCUCACGCGAUGAUGAGAACACCCUUGUAGGAGUCAUUGCCCGCAGUGCGGGUGUGUGGGAUAAUGACAAGAUGGUGUGCUCAUGUUCGGGAAAGAAUGUUUGGCAAGAGCGACAAGAACAAGUGAGUCAGGGAAUGGUCUGA